AUGGAGACGUACUACGGCCAUGUCCGCACUCCUGCGGACGCCAUCAUCCUCUUCGAGGCCUGUCGCAUUGGUCUUCUCCCUCGCGUCCAGCGUCGACUGUCCGAGAAAGAACGGCAGUUGAUCCGCUCUGGGUCCGUCUUUGUCUGGGAUGAGCGAGAAGCCGGCAUGCGCCGCUGGACGGACGGCAAGUCCUGGAGCGCCAGUCGCGUGUCUGGCAGCUUUCUCACGUAUCGCGAGAUGGAAGGCAAGCGAGGAGGCACCGGAGUAUCGCAGAGCACCAUUCCGCGAGCCGGGAAAACCCCCGAGAGCACCCGCGGUAGUGACGACGACCGCGGCGAUGGCGCUGACGAAGGCCCCGAUGGCUACCGAUAUAAGCCCGACGGCUUGAUGAAGCAGUCCUUUAGUAUCACCACCUCCGCCGGCCAACACCUCCAUCUCAUCAGCUACUACUCGCGCUCCCAUCCGUCCGCCGCCAACCUGCAACAGCCCACCAACGAUCCCACCCUGCGCCAUGUCCGACCCCAGAAAGGCCUCUAUCCCGAAUCCACGGUCAACGACCAGCAGAACCUGCCCGUCGUGACUCGCGGCCCCAUGGGCGGUGCUUACUCCGUCCACCACCCCAUGCCUCCCUACGCUCGCUCCGGCGCCACGCAUCCGCAAUCAUACACUCCGCCCUAUGCCUGGCCCCCGACGCCGCUGGCCACCCCGCCCGUCACCGUCCAUUACUCGCCAUACCUCCCGCCGGUGUCGGGCGCCAACGGCCAACUCUACGCUCAUCAUCAUCAACCCCCGCACGCCGGGCUGCCGCCCCCGCCCCCGCCGCAGCCAGGCCUGUCCGCCGCCUACGAACGCCCCGUGCACCCUAUCGAGAGCGCUAUCGCGCCGCCCGCCAUCCAUGCCUCCGGCGUCCACCACCCCGCGCUCCCCGUGAUCGCCGGCCGCUCCCCGCGUCUCGUCGCCGACGCCCACGACGUCCAACAGCGCAGCCCGCCCGCCUACGCGGCCACCGACCCCCGCCGCGCCUCUCCGCGCACCCAACCGCCCCCCAUCCCCGCAACAAACGGCUACGGCCCGGCCGCACGCAGCCCAGCCACGCUGACCCAGCCGCCGCCGCCGCCGCCGCCGCAGCCUCCAUCGACAUCGGCUCAAAUCCCGCCGCCCAAGCUCGCCGAACCCUCCACCACGGGGACCACGGUACCCAGCAUCGGGGCCCUGAUGAACGGCGCCGCAGCCGGCGGCGGCCUGCCCUCCAUCACGGCCACGGCGGCGUCGACGGGCCGCGCCGACGGGCCCCGCGAUAUCCCCAGCGAGAAGAUCGGGUUCGGCGGCGAGGAUAUGCGCGCGCUCCGACAAUUGGACCGCGUGUUCACGGCGUAG